AUGCACAAAUGUACAGAGAAAUCUGAUAGAGAGGCCAUGGGUCAUGUUGACCAGCUGCUGGAGGAGUACCUUCGUGUCAUUAACUCCAAGGACGAUGAGAUACACGAGCUUAUCCGCGGCCUCGAGGAACGCCGCUGUGAGCUGCGGAAGAAAGAGGACACAUACAAAAUAGAUGUGGUGAGCGCGCGGCAGAAGCUGGAGAGGGCACAGAAGAGAGUGAAAAAGAUGGCAGAAAAAGUUCAAAAGGGUGAUGAGCAUAUUGAACAGCUUGUGAAGCAUAACGAUGCCAUGAAGGUGCAGGCGGACGAGAUGCGGCGGAAACUAAAUGAGGCCACUGAAAUGUUAGAGGCGAAUAGAGAAAGGCACUGCCGAGAGGUUGAGGAGUUGCGACGACAACACGCUGAGGAAGUUCGGUCUCUUCAAGCGGGACAAACUCAUUUGCGGCAGCAGCAGGAGGCCGCGCAGAGGGCAAUAGAGUCAUGUGAAGCGAGGGCACAGCAGCUAACUAUAAAGGAAGCGGCUCAUGAAGAGCUGAGGAAGGCAUUAGCGGACGCGCGUCAGGAGAUGGAGUCGAUGGUCUCAGCAAAAACGCAUUUGGACGCCUUGGCGAAGUGCGAGGAGUCUAUGCGCUCCCAGAGGGCGACGACAGCUGCCGAGAUUGACGACUUGAAUGCGCAGUUGUUGAAGACGAAGCGGGCCGCUGCUGAGUAUAAGGGUGAAAUUGAAGAUCUGAAUGCGAUGUAUGCGCAGUUGCAGCAGAAACUUGCCGAUGCUCUUCGUGAGGAGAAGACGACACGCCAGCUGCUCGAUGCGGAGCAAGAGUCGAGGAAAAAUUUGGCUGCAAUGCAUCAGAAGGAGAUGCAAUUAGCCCGUGAGACGGCCGAGAAAACGGCAGCACAGCUCACUGCGACGGUGGAGCAGCUGCAGCAUGGUCAAGUCAGGAUACAGACAUUGGAAGGGCGACUUUCAGAGGUCUGUGAAGCGCUUGAGCAGGAACGUAGACGAGGCAGUGAAGAGCGUGAAAAGACGUCAUCACAAUUAAUGGCACUGAAGGCAGAAUUGGUGGAGCAGCAGCAGGAGACGGAGCGGAAGCAACGGAAGUUGGAGGGAAGCUCAACCGAGCUCAAGGAGCUUCAUGCUGCCAUCGCCACCGCAAAGGAGGAAUACCUGCGCUGCACCGCCGAAUUCAAGGAGAAACUGGCACUUACGACACUGGAACGAGAUCGACUGCGAGAAGACCGUGACCGUAUCAAUUAUGAGCUGAAAGACGUGGAGCAUCAACUGAGCACUCUGCAGGAACGCUUCUCAGAGGAAAGGAGAGCUCUCACUACGCGAAAUGAGGACGCCAGCAUCGCCCUUGAAAGGAUGAAGGAUCAGCUGAGGGAAAGGGAGCAUCAGUCACAAGCGUUGAUUUCCGCGCAAGAAAAGCGUUUGCAGGAAAUGGCAUGGGCACAUAAAACAGAGCUGACAGAGUGCAAGAGAGUAUUUGAGGGUGAAGUUAAUGAACUUCGCCAGCGCUUGAACUCUGCGAACGCAAAGUUGGCAGAGGAAUUUGCUGAAAAUAAAGCGAACCAACGCGAAUUGCAGACUGCGCAUGAAGCUAUGCGAAGACUUUGUGAGGAAAAAGACAAGCAUGCCUCUGAUGCCCGUGAGACCGCAAGAGCGUUGGAAGAUGCAAGGCGCGAGUCCAUGAGUCUGCGGGAGGCACUGGCGAAGCAACAGCAGUUGGUCGAUGUCGCCUCAGAGAAUGAAAUGCGACUGCGAAAGUCAAUGGAGAAGAUGGAGAACGAACGCGCGGCGAAUGACAGGCGACAAGAGACCAUUGCAGAGGCUCUUAGGACUGCAAAAGAGGAACUUGCGGUAAGUCGCAAUGAGUUGACACAACUAAGGAAUGAACUUGCGAAGGCACAGGACGAACGAGCCAAAAGAGAGUUUACGGACAGUGCGGCACGGCUGCGCGAGUCGGAAAGGCGCGCCGAGCAGCUGGAAAGGGAAGUGGCCACGAUGCAGCAAGAGCGACAACAGCAUCUUGCGUCGUUGGAAAGGUUACGUGCGGAGUGCGAGUCCAUUCAAGCGUCGGGGCGAGAUGGCAGGGACGAUGCCUUCCAACGCCUGGAUGCAGAGCUGCAGCAAAAGACGGCGGAGUACAAACGCGUCACACAGCAUGCGAGGGAAGUGGAAGAACUUGCAAAACGCAGCUCCGAGGAUCUGGAACGUGAACUUGCCCAGCGUGACGCCACCAUUGGUUCGAUGCAGCAAGAAUUGUCGCGUCUCGCGGAUGAACGCGCGAAGGUGGCGGUGCUUGAGGAGCGAAUUAACCAUCAGGCGGAGUUGAGCCGUCGGGAUGCUGACCUCCUCCAUAAUCGCAUCGAAUUCUUGGAGAAGGAGCUUGACGCGCGCGAAGUGCAGCUGCAGCAGAAUGCAAUGGAUGCAGAAGAAAUGACGGGGCAGAUUAGUGCGCUGCAAAGUCGCGUGGCUGAGCUGGAAGAAAAGGUUGUUCAGAAGGAAAAGAAACACGCCAUGCGGAAGGAGGCGCUGCGCAAGGCACUGGAGCAGGUUGAUGCGGCCACGGAGAAGAAGGCGGAGGCAGAGAGCAUGCUGGCGAGGUCGAAAAAGUCACGCGGAAAGAGCAGCGAAUCCUACAAAACUGAGAUGGAGCGGCUUCAGGAAGAAAUAAAGUUGGCUCAUGCGGCGCAACACGCGGCAGAAAUGCGAUUAUCGGUACAGGAAGAGGCGCUGGCGGAGGCGAAGAAGGCUUUGAGCAGCACUCAGGAGUUGCAAUUGCCGCAGUUGACACGUAUGAUAGAAGAGCAAGAUGUGUCUCAUGCCAAAACUUCUGAGGAAUUGAAUGCAGCACGUGAGCGAGUAGAUGUUUUGGCCCAUGAGUUGGCGCUGGCACGAAAGAAACUGCGUGAACUGGAAGAGGCGAAGGAAGCGGCGCUACAGUACGCAAAGGAUACACAGCGCAAAAUCGCUGCGUCAUACAGUCGCCUCGUUUCAAAUAUGGCGGAGGAUGCCAUGAUGACAAAAGAAAUGUUUGGUGACUUUGCCCUUGCUGUCACAACUCGCUCAUUCUAUCAAGUGGGUAAAAUGGUUCACGACGGGUGGGACAUUGUCGCGUCGCUUAGGUGGCGGUCAGGCGAGGGGAUGAGGCAGCAGCGGUCAAAGAUGGAGCGUGAGGUGGAAGAAUUGAAGCGGGUACAUGCUGACGAGUUGCAAGCGGUGCGGGAUGAGCGAAACAGGGAAAUUUCCAAACUGGUUCUACAACACGGGGCCGACAUUGCGCAGUUGCGUCAAGAACUGGUUCAUACAACAGAGCGGGUCUCCAUGGAGCGGGAGACGGCACUAAAGGAACAUCACCGCAAGGAGGAGCAGUUUCAGCGAGAAAGGACGGAGCUAGAGCGCGCGCGGCUGGAGAUUGCUCACCGCGGGGAUCAGAUUGCGGCGCUGAAGGAACAACUCCGCGAGUUUGAGCAGCGGUCGGGGGCGGAGCGGAAAAUGCUUGAUGAGGAGAGGCGCACCCUUCAGCAGCAGCAGGAACGAAUCCGCCGACGUCUUGAAGAAUGCACGGUGGAGCAUAAUCAGAGCGAGGUGGAGGUGCGGGAGUUGCGCAGCGAACUUUCGGCGGUGCAGCAAGUCCUGCAGGAAAAGGAGAAUGUGUUGGCAAGCGAGCGCGAGAGGGCCCGUGAGGAGAGCCGUCGGUUGACUGCGCUCACCGCCGCCAAAGAGACGCUUCAUAGACAAAUAGAAGAGCUCCGGCGGCAGAUUCAGUCGCUGCAGCUGCAGCUUUCGGUGGCACGACAGGGGGCGCAGCAGAGCAAUCACACGGCUGCCUCCCAGCACAGUCGAAUGGAGGAGCGCGUCGCGGAGCUUACAAAGAGACUGAACGCGGUUGAAUCGGAGAAACAACAGCUGGAUCGUCAGACAAAUAACGACAGAAGGAAAAUUGCUGUUCUUGAGAAAGAGCUUGCCGAGUCACGGAAGCGAGAGGCUGAACUCUCCAGCCAACUUCAGGCGCGUAAAUCUGAGAACUCGGCAUUGAAGGAACGUUGUGCCAAUCUUGAAUCGCUUAAAAACAUUGGGGAAGUCACCCUUGCAGAAACACGUUUGCGGGAAAAAGACCUCCUUGAAAAAAUUGAGGAGAUGCGCAGUGCGCAGCAACUCAUGCAGCUCUGCUUUGACAAGCAACAGGAACAGCUAGAGGUGGGUCGUCGAAUGCAUGAACAAGACAUCAACCGAAGUGGAUUGCUAUACAAAAAUGAUCGCUGA